ACCGACCCAUAGCUGUCUCAUUCGAUCCCGGUAAUGAGCUUGUCUGGCGACACCUCGUCCUGUGCCUUCGACUCGGCUCGCCACAAGAACAUCUCGAGAGGGCACGAUGCCGUCGACAAGGAGAACAAAACAGAUUCAAGUCGGCCUUCUCAGCUGCGGCAAUAUAUGCAUGGGCUUGGUGAAUGGAAUCAUAGGCCCCACAUUGCUUGACCUCGCAGAAAUCUACGGGGUACAUCUCGACCAAGUUUCUCACCUCUAUACGUCCCGCUCGGUGGGAUUCCUGAUCGGCUCGGUACUAGAGAGUUUUGCGGUCAACGAGCGCAACUCUGAAAUCGUUCUAAUCGGCUCGAUCGUGUUGGAGGGAAUCUCCAUGCUGCUGUAUCCGGCGGUGCCCUACCUUUGGCUCGCCCAUGCCGCGGCCGUCGUGAACGGAGCAAUGUGGGUGAUAUUCGAAUCUUGUGCCAACGUACGUCUGGCCAAUCUUUGGGAGAAGCCGACUCUCGCUAUGCAGAUCUUCCAUGUCGGAUACGGUUUCGCGACUUUCGUUAUCCCUUUCCUCGCCGAACCUUUCCUCAGCAAAACCCAUCUGUUCGCACCAGGGGGAAACCCGGACGUGGGGGCCUCUCGCAUCUCCAUACCCUACGCAGGCAUUGCCGCCUGCUGCGCCAUCGUGGCUAUCGGUAUGACGAUCUUCUUCUGUUCUGAGGCUUCGUCCCGCAAGUCAAAGAGUAUUGAGAAGAAUUUCGCUGUACCGGAGACUGUCGCUGAAGAAUCGAGGGAGAGUCGAUUGAAAGCCUCUGAAAUCCUCUUGGUAAUCCUUCUCGCGGUCUUCCUCUUGAUGUUCGAAUGCAACGUUAUGAGUUUCACUGGAAUGAUCACGCCCUUCGUGAUCCAUUCGGAUCUCCACCUCGACAAAUCCGCCGGUGCUUAUCUCGGGGGAGUGAUCCGCUCCACGUUCUUCGCAGGUCUUCUCCUGCUGGUUAUCGCGCACAGAAUCCCGUUAUGGAUAGUGCUCACGAUGAGCUUGUCCACCCUGAUGCUGUCAUCAACGAUCUUCGCGUUCUUCGUGCUGGAAUCACCUGCGAUGAUCUGGAUCUCAGCGGCUGGAAUCGGUUUAGGACUCAGCGCGCUUUUUGGAACCGGCAUUGUCUGGACCUGUCAAUAUGUCGCCUUGAAACACUGGCACAUGGCCGUCUCGAUGCUAUCCAUGUGCAUCGGGAAUCUUGCUCCUGCGUUUCUCGUAGCGCCUUGGAUCGAAACCCACCCCAUGGUUCUGGCGUAUUUAGUCUUGGGCUUAUCGGCGCUCCUCUGCAUGACCUUCGCGACGAUGCUCUUUGUCGUGAGAAAUAAGAAAAAGCUGGUGCUAGAAUGAAGAGUCCGAGAA